CCAAUUACUUCCUACCGCCCGUGGUUGCAAGUUGUAAACCGCGCGGCGCCAAUCUUCGCCAUUUUGUUUUUCUCGAAAACCGCGUUGUCGGCACCCGUGUUGCAGUGCUUAUAAUUGUGAAGUUUUUAGUUUUUAUUGCGAUAAUUGGGUGUAUUUCAUUACUUUAUUGUUAUUUAAUUUGAUUUUUUCCAUGAUGUCGGAUCGAGAGAGAAGCCGCUCUAGAACUCGAAAUGGGUCUCGCGAGCCUGUACCAAAGCCUCCAGCCAUGUCUCGCCAUAGCAGAAGCCGGUCUAGAACACCUCCCCCGCCUAAAUCGUCAAGUCGAAAAUAUAGGAGCCCGUCGCGUUCCCGCUCCGUGUCACCACGUCGCUAUCGCUCAACCCGCUACUCACGCUCUCGCUCCCGGUCAUAUUCACGAGGCCGGUCCCACUCUCACAGCCCUAUGUCAUCCAGGCGCAGGCAUACUGGUGACCGGGUGAGUCUGGAGAACCCAACACCUUCCCGUUGUCUGGGUGUGUUUGGGCUAAGUUUGUACACCACCGAACAACAAAUUCACCACAUUUUCUCCAAAUUUGGGAAUGUUGAUAAAGUUCAAGUAGUUAUUGAUGCAAAGACUGGCCGUUCCCGUGGAUUCUGCUUUGUAUAUUUUGAGUCGCAAGAGGAUGCUAAGGUGGCAAAGAAUGAGUGCACUGGGAUGGAAAUAGAUGGCCGACGGAUUAGGGUUGAUUUCUCAAUCACACAAAGAGCACAUACUCCUACACCGGGGAUAUAUAUGGGCAAGCCUACACAUUUAAACCGAGGUGACAAUGGCUAUGAAAGACGUCGGGACCGAGACGACUACUACUACCGCGGUGGCGGCGGCGGUGGUGGCGGAGGCGGCGGUGGCGGCGGCGGCUACAGGGAGCGAGACUACUACGCGAGAGGAUACCGGCACCGGUCUCCGUCGCCGCACUACCGCAGGUCGCGGCGCUACGAGAGGGAGCGGUCCUACUCGCCACGUCGGUAUUAGGUUCGCGACGUGACGUCACUUCAGCCAUAACUUUUAGCACCCAAAGCCGGCCAUUGCAUUUAUUGAACCUGUCCUCGGCUCAGCACUGAGUGCGGGUGCGAUGAGGGUCCUAGUUGUAAGCAGCGCUAAGACGCCACUAGAUGUACUUCUAAUAAAGAUUAACAUUAAAGCUAAUAUUGAUUUUGUUUGUUUGAAAAGGUAUUGAAACAAGAAGUAAAGGAUGAAGUUCCUUGAAAAACUAACUGUGUUGAAGUUUUGAAUGUUUGAAAUGUAUCGGUGGCCGGACUGCGCCGAACGUUGCCUGAGCGAAUUAAAAGAGUAUGAUCACGUGAAGCACGGAAGAUCGCCCUCAGAUCAUAGUCUUUACAUACGUUUACACACACAGAUAUUUUUUAAGCGACUCGUGCGUAUUUCUAUUCGAUUCCGUAGAUGUAAUUAUAUAUAGUUUGGUGAUAUUGCAUUCUAGUGUAGACUUUUGUGAACGAGUUGUUAAUAAAUAAUGAUUUUUCCAA